GUAGUGGACAUGGAAGCAGCACUUUGCUUCCUCAUACUAUCAUCAAUGAAUUUCCAGAGUAUGGCACGCUAGAAGCAACAAAGGUGCAAGAGAGAGCAAAUAUUUCUUUCAAUUCAGAGAUGCAAAUGGAAAAAAGGAGCGUUACUGGCAGCCAAAAUGUGCAGGCAGCCAGAGAACCAGUUCCAGCAGGCCAAGAAAAACUCUCAGACAUGCUUCUUCCAUCUGAACGAACAGCUGAGGAAAAAAAGCACUUGAUCACAGAGAAAGAUCUGUCUGCAAUAUGGACUGGAGAAAAGCAGUCUGAGUCCUUGCAAGCCAUCAGUAAUAAAGCUGAGGAGGUCCAUGCAGUGCAGGAGCCAAGCUGUCCCAGACUGUCCGUGGCAAACCUGGAAAGAGACAGCAGAGUGGAAGGAUGGACGCAUUUUGAGGAGUUUUCAGAGUACAGUCAAGGCAAAAUGCAAACGGGUCCUGAGAAGAGGCUCACUAAAGAGGCAGCUGUGAGUAAACAUGUAGAAUUUCAAGGGGUAGAGAUUUUAUGGCUGCAAAAAGCUGAGGAGCAGAGAAGAAAGAAGCACUCGUUGCUGGAGACUGUGUCUGUGGAGAGGAAGGCAUUCCCCAAAACAUCCAGCCACCCUGCCUCACCAAUGGUCUCUCCAGGCUUGCUCUCCUCACCAAAGCAAGUCUGGGAGGACCCAGGGCUGGCACCGGCUGCCUCUGGAGCCACUCCUCCAGCAGUGCUCGAUGAAAGGGGGAAGGAUGAAGUUUUUGUGAAGGACAGGAAGAGCCGUGGUGAGGAGGAGAUGGCUGUGCUAGUGAGAGGCCAGGGCAGGAUGAUGGAAGAGGGCGAAGCAGCCACGGGAGGAUUUGAAGAUGUCCUUGGGCAGAGGCACUCCGAUGUCUCCACUGAUCUGUACAGCUCACAGUUCGAAAACAUCCUAGACAAUGCGUCUUUAUACUACAGUGCAGAGUCUCUGGACACAUUGUACUCAGAGCCUGAUAGCUACUUCAGCUUUGAGAUGCCACUCACUCCCAUGAUCCAGCAGCGCAUGAAGGAGGGCGGACAGUUUUUGGAUCGGAUAUCAGCCUUGGGGCAGCCAGAUGUCCCUGUCAGGGAGGUGAAGGGAUGUGGUGAAGGCAUUGUCAAUGGCUUAAGGGACACAAGCGAAACACUCUUCAAAGGAGAUGUCACAGAAGUCCCACAUCUGGAAAG